UCGGAAAAGCUCGAUAAUUCCCGAGUCUAACCAUUUCUCCAGUGCUUGCGAGGCGAUUAGGAGGCAAAGAUGUCGGAGCGAAAAGUAUUAAACAAAUACUACCCGCCGGACUUUGACCCGUCAAAGAUCCCCAAACUCAAGCUCCCCAAAGACCGGCAGUACGUGGUGCGGCUGAUGGCGCCCUUCAACAUGAGGUGCAAGACAUGCGGAGAAUACAUCUACAAGGGGAAGAAAUUCAACGCUCGGAAGGAGACGGUGCAGAACGAGGUCUACCUGGGCCUGCCCAUCUUCCGCUUCUACAUCAAAUGCACUCGCUGCCUGGCAGAGAUCACCUUCAAGACAGACCCUGAAAACACAGACUACACCAUGGAGCACGGAGCCACGAGAAAUUUCCAGGCUGAGAAGCUCCUGGAGGAGGAGGAGAAGAGGGUGCAGAAAGAGCGGGAGGAUGAGGAGCUGAACAACCCCAUGAAGGUGCUGGAGAACAGGACCAAGGACUCCAAGCUGGAGAUGGAGGUGCUGGAGAAUCUGCAGGAGCUGAAGGACCUGAACCAGCGGCAGGCGCACGUGGACUUUGAGGCCAUGCUGCGGCAGCACCGCCUGUCCGAGGAGGAGCGGCGGAGGCAGGAGCAGGAGGAGGACGAGCGGGAGACCGCGGCCCUGUUGGAGGAAUCCAGGAAACGAAGACUGCUGGAAGACUCCGACUCAGAGGACGAGGCUGCUCCUGCGCCCCUCCAGCCGGCCCCUCGGCCCAACCCCACUGCCAUCCUGGAUGAGGCCCCAAAGCCCAAGAGGAAGGUGGAAGUCUGGGAGCAGAGCAUUGGUAGCCUGGGCAGCCGGCCCCCGCUGUCAGGGCUGGUCGUGGUGAAGAAGGCAAAGGCUGACCCGGACCACAGCAACGGGCAGCUCCAGGCGGCCCCAGCCCCAGGACCCCCACAGAGCAGGAAGGAGGCUGACCCUGCGCCCCCGACGCCUGGCACGUCCUCCCUGAGCCAGCUGGGCGCGUACCUGGACAGUGACGACAGCAACGGUAGCAACUGAGCCGUCCUAGGACCCCCGCACCGGGUCAGGCUGCAAGACCAGCUCCGGCACAUCGAGGCCAGCGUUGCUGGUGGUCGGGGCAGGAGGCUUGGGCGUGACCGGAGCCCCGAAGGACAGGCGCCAGCGUGCUCCAGACGCAUAGGGCCAGCAAGGGCGUCAGCCCCAGGGUGUCGCUUUUCUCUGCCCUCACCAGCCUCUCCACACAUCGGGGACCCCUGCCCCUCGUGCCCCCACCUGUCACUGUGCUCAGGGCUGCGACAUCCCUGGAAUCUCAGCUUCCAUCACUACUUCAGGGUGGCGGCGUUUGGAGGAUGGGGUGGACCUGCCAGCCUCUAGACAGCCUCGUGUCUUUCCACAAACUGUCGGAACCAAUAAAAGGAAACCUGCCAA